ACCUCAUCACCGCGCUGUAUUAUCUCCUUACGGCAGGCUCAAGGAAGAAGGACAGCCUGAUUAGGCUUCGCAUCUCCAACUCGUGGCAAACACGUUGCUCGCUCGUUCCACCACUUCGCUCCUCCAUUCGCCUCCUCCUACGGAGCUUGUGGUCAUCAGUCUAUCCUUCCAGUUGCAGUAUCUCAUAAUCUGAUCCGCUCUUUCGCUGUUAUCACCGAUAUUUCCUUGUCUCACGCGGCUAACAUUCCCGCGUCCAAUACGCGAACGUCAAUUCGGGUCUUCGGGACUGUCACGCCUUUCCAACGUGUAAACCUCGAGGCCAUAGAAUCGAGGGACCCUCCUUGACAAUUGUAACAUGCAUCGCUUCCGCAAAAGAUCCGAUACCAGACGUCCCCAGGGCCUAGGCGGCCCCGAGUACACAGUCACUGUGCGCACCGAUACUACGCAGGACGCCCUCCCCUCCUUGCCUCCUGCCAGCGAUUUCCGUACAUCAUUGAUCUUGCCAGACCUCACCCGACGGUUCAGCGUGCUUCGCAAUUCUUCCGGCGAGCCUAUCGGGCUUGAUGAGCUGAAGUACAAGUUUGCAGAGCAACGCGCGCGGGGCUCUCAGAACCAAGUUACGGAGGAGGAAGAGGAUAUGAUAUUAGAGGCGUUAGGGCGGUUUCACGGCAAGAAUCGAUCGAGAGGGAAGCAGAAGGAGCUCGUGGACGCAGGGGGACGAGGGAAUGGGACGGACUGCGAGGACGACGAUGCGGAUCCCGUACGACACUCGGUACGUUCCUCCGACUCCGCGACGACUCCCUCAUUACAUGGCGCACCCUCUAUGGCGUCGAUAUCGUCGGCCAAGGGCUCGAUAUCGAGUAGGCGGAUGAGCAACAACCUGUUUGGUUCGGGCAAGUUCCGAGAUCAGGCGUACUUCCUUCGUACGACGAAUCCUCGACGUGGUGGACGUGGCGCGGGUGCAAUUGCUCUGUCGGACUCGAAUACGAGCAUGAGCACGGUUGAUGAGAGUGCGAGAGGAGAGAACAGCACCUCGAUGUACUCCGACAACCAGAGCCUACGCCCCACCACCCCAGAAGGGAGCACCUACACGUUCUCCGGAUCAGCACCUUCCAGUCCAGGGAACGCUAGCACGUUGUCGAAGGACCGCAAUUCGCGCUCUAUUCUUGGUGACCAGUCCGACUACUCCAGCACGCUCAGCAAGCGGCUGUCAAAGGCGUUGUCGCCGGAUGGGCUGAAGAGGGCAUCCUUGGCGCUGGAUCAGGCUAUCAGGGAGUUGGAGGAAGAGGGAGAUGAUGAGAUUGUCAUGGAGCGGUCGCCCAUUACCCACGUUCCGCCGAGCACCCUCAACAGCUCAUUGUCUGCGUUGAAUACUGCGGUGGAGUUGGACUCUUCACCUACCGUGUCCCCGGCUGAGUUUGAGACCGGUACCGCUCUCUCCUCUGACGAUCCGGUGGCAGUGGAUGAUGGCAAGCGAAGCUCACCCCACCCCGCCUCCCGUACGACGUCUCCCACUCCUCGUCUACCUGGUUACAUCCCAGGGAUGCCCAGACCCAUGACUCCCCGGGAGGCCACCUUCGAUGCGGAAGAUCUCACGCCCUCAACGACACCCCGUGCGACAUCACCUCGUCUACCCGGGCUGAAUACCCAAACUUCUCCUUUGAUACCUCAGAACUUCUCGUCCAGCAUGUAUCGAAGCAACUCCAGUGCGUCCUCCUAUGCCACAAAUCGUCCCAAUUCCCCCGCAAGCGGCACAACCCCUCCUCUCUUCUUCAACCGUCCCAUGAAUGGUCGCUACACGCCCGAGGAGCGUCAAAGAAACGGGAACAAACCGUCUUCGCCGACCUCGGAUACCGCGGAGUCGCCCGUUCAUGGUAGGCGACGCCCCAUCUCUCCCCUGUCUGGUCCAGCGUACCAGCCCAUGACCUCGCCACCAUCCCGCCCUUCGACACCGUCGAACGUGACCUGGAAUACUCCCGUGAGCCCGAACGGCACCCCGCAGAAGCACGGUCGGAAUGGCAGUGCCGCCGGCCAUAGCCGCAAUGGCAGUACAGCGAGCUUCAACGACCAGACCCUCGAACAGCUCGACAGGUCCAAGUCCGUGACGCGCUCCCUACGUUCCCCCGCGCUCCCUGAUUCCCCUUGGUUCGACGGCGCGAACGCCACCUUCGGCUCGUCAGACUAUCGCCCGCCCUCCGCGAUGUCUGGAGUGGACCUUGGCUCGCCUGUGCAGCCCGCGAGCAUGACGCUUCGCUCACCCACGUUCACCGACGUCGGCGGGGCUGAUGACCUGCGCAGCAUCAGCAGGCGCUCGUCGAAGCAGACGGGGCAUACCAGCGCGAACACGUUCUCGUUCGGGCAGCCCAACGCCCUCCUGUUCUCCCCACUCGCGAACUCGUCGCGGUCUUCGUUGGAGUCUGUUGGGUCGAGCUAUCAUACGUGGGAUGAGGACCACAAGAAGGAUCGUCUCUACGGGCUGUUCAGCAGCCUCGACUCGGACAACACGCCGUGGCAUGACGUCUCGCUAGACAAGUCGGACCCGUCGACCGCGGGGACGUCGCCGUACGAGUCGCCGGAGACCGAGGACGCCGUGCGAAGGGAGAUCGGGCUGUCGAAGGGCGACUUCGUCGCAAUCCAGGACAAGCUCGUCGGCGCUGCGCUGACGAAGGCUGCUACGCCGGAGAAUCGUCGGCCGGGCUCAAUCAGGAAGAGGAGGCCUUCUACGUCGCAAUCGAACUAUUCGUUCAAUGGCGAGAGUCGGGCUGUGAGUUCCACCCCUCAGCCGCAACCACAGUCUCAACCUCUGGCGCAGCCGGCCGCAACCUCGCCGCGUGCGGUGAUAAGUGAGCAGAUGGCAAGGGCGAAUGCUCUGUUGAACGCCGUGGUGGAUAGUAUCGAAUCUCCUCGGGCUCGUCCUUCGGCGGCGUUGCCGGUUGAGGAGCCCACUUUGGUCGUGCCAACCGCCACCGACAUCGAGCAGUCCAGCCCAAUGCGACGCAACAGGGCCCUUGCGGAAGCCCUCUUCGGAGCAGAGGAGUUGGACAAUAGUAUGUCCUCUGCGCCUCAGAUCUCCAUCAUGCCCGAGAUGAUGUCGUCCACCGACGAAGAAUCGCCUACCCACCAUGCGCCAUCGCUCACCAAGCCGCUAUCUCCCAAGCGUUCAGAUUCCCUGCAUCGUCUUGCCUCGCCGGCUGCUCCCUCCACCCCUCCUGUUCGCACGAUGCCGACUAGCCCUACGAUGCCACUGAGCCCUGCUUCUAUGCCGCUCCCAAUGAGCCCUACAAUCCCGACCAGCCUUUCCGCGACGUCCGUGAACCCUAGUGCAAUGCCCACUAGUCCCACCGGCUUCAUGUCUCCGCUCUCUCCAUCAUCCAACAUGGACCCCCUCACGCUUGCGCUCGAGGUACAGCGGAGGGCUGAGGCGGCUACUGCGGCGCUGCGCAAAUCUCCUUCAAUACCGAAGUUUCAUGAGGCCAAUGGUGGGACGCUUCCGCGGAAACGCAUCAGCCCCAACAAGAUCUCGGCUCCCACACUCGUUUCGGCGUCUACCAGUGUUGAUGCUAUUCCGCUCCGGUCACCUACUGCAACACCUACACCCUCGCCCAGUCAGCAGCAGCAGCAGGCGGGCAAGAUCGGUUCCCGAUUCAAGAAGUUACGAGGCACCAUUCGAACGAAGCACUCACUCCCGAAUGGGGAGGAAAUCACGCCUUACCCUCUUGAGCUGAAGAGCCCUGGAUCGAGUGCUCUAGGUAGCAGCAGUUCAGGAAGCCUUGCGCUCCGCGCAGACCCCAUCCCUAUCAGCUCGGCAAGCACCGCAGAACCCUCUCGACUGCGCCCCCCAGCACCUCUCCCCAGUCCUCCUGCUUCUGCAGCUCCCGGUCUCAAGGGCUUUAUGGCUCGCUUUCGCAAGCAGCGCGCCGCUCCCGAAGCUCUGUCGGCACCACAAUCUCACCCUUCGUCUCACCACCAAGGGCCUACACCCACUUCGGCCACCUCUGCGAGGUCAACGACAUCGUCCGGCUCUUCCACGGAACCGUCUUACGGUCAGAUGCCCCACUCCGCCCCUGCACUUCAGACGGUCUUCAGGAGUCGAAGUCCGAUGGGCCCUCCGGCGCCUCCACAAUCCCCCCCUCCCAAGCCUCCCCAGGAUUACCUUGGUCUCCAUUCACGGGCAGCGUCAACACCGAACUCGGAUGAGGAUGCGAUCAAGCAGUUGUUCCAUGCUGCUGAGAACCUGGGACUCGACCAAGCUGCCCUCAACGACCUUUUGGCCCGUUCGCCUUCCACGUCUUCGAAAUCCACCGCUUGGACGAAGCUGACGAGGGCAACCUCGCCGAGCGAAAGUCGGAAGAACCAAGUUCCUGUGAUACGAGGGAGAGCUACGCCUGAUAGCGUCCGCUCCCCAGUGUCAGAGGGUCGCCCGAGCGUUGAUGGACUCUCUCCAAGACCCUCGAUGGAUGUGAAGCCGUCCGGUCGUAAGAGCGAGAAUGGCUUGCAAGCGCCCAGCCCACGACAGCAGCAGUCGGACGCCGCGCCGAACGCGAUUGUGCGUAGGACCAUUAUCUUCCCUUCGGACUCGAGGAUGUCUGCCCUUGACUUCCAAGCUAUGAUGAGGAAACAGUCUGUCUCUCGUCGUCGCGCGUCCGUGUCGUCGAAGGCCUCAAUUCAUGAUCGGGUGCCCACUCCUCCGCCUCCGCACCGUGCGGCAGGCCGUCGGUUCUCCACAGACGUCUCUCCUCCCGUGCCCCAGCUCCCACCUGCCCUGUCGGCUCAGAACGACAAUUUCCUUGCCGUUCCUAGCCCUGUGGAAAAGACCGGCUCUGCAUAUGACUCUCUAUACGAAAUGUACUCAAGCGAUGGUAGAGGGUUGCUCAAUGCAGAGUCUUCCGGAGACGGCAAUCCCCAUGCUCAGGACGGCAUUCCUGAGUCGGCGCCAGCGCUUGAGGUAAUCGAGUUGGCCAAUGGUGAGACGAUCUGGUCCAUCGUCAAUGGGCUGCGCGACGACGAUGGCGAGUCCUUCUAUGGCGACCGCGCCAGCUUCUACUCCGAAUACUCUGUGAAGGACAACGACAAUGUCAAGUUGUUGUUCAAGGAGCACGAGAGAAAGAACUCCAAGGGGAGCGUGAAUUCUUUCCUGUCUCGGAAGAAGUCCGUGCAACAGCAACAGGCAAAAGGUACCACGCGACCGGAGACGAAGGUCUUCUUCAGUUCUAGUGCGCAAAUAGGUCGUCUCAUAGAGAACCUUUCACAUGGACUGGACGCCGGUUCAUUUAAUAUCAUGCCAGGCCAAGCUCAGGCGCAAUCUCGGCACCCUCAGCCCGGGCACUCUACUUCAUCCUCCCUUGGGUCGGAGGCUGAUAUGCGAUGGACAGUAGAAGAGAGGCUAGAGCACAUGCUCGGGUCCAUGGGAGCCAGCUGAAUGCUCACUUCCGCUCGCCUUGCUUUCUGGACUAUCUGAUGCUGUGAUUUAUCUUUUCUAUCGGGUAGUUAUAAUAUUUCCAGCUCCUGUUUGGCAUGAGUCACUCCCGUUAUGCGAUCGCGACUAUGCUCUUGGGAUUCGCACUCCAUACUACUAUGUUGAUACAUAUCUGGUCUGUCCGCUAUUUGUCGAUCUGUUACUCCUGUCUGCUUCGUGCUCACAUACCCCGCCAGUCAAUCCAUCUGUUCAAGC